AUGUUGAAUAGCUCAAGAAAAUAUACCUGUCGUUUCCUCUACGGACAGGCAAACGUUACAAUAAAAAGAUUCUUUUACAAUAGAGGCGCAUGUCAAAGAGGGUUUUCAACAGGAUGCGGUUUGAGAAGUGAUAAUAAGGAAAGUUCAAGUGCAAGAAAACCACUAGAUAGGCUACAACUGGGCGAUGAAAUCAAUGAACCAGAGCCUAUCAGAACCAGGUUUUUUCAAUUUUCCAGAUGGAAGGCUACCAUCGCUCUGUUGUUGUUAAGUGGUGGGACAUAUGCCUAUUUAUCAAGAAAGAGACGCUUGUUAGAAACUGAAAAGGAAGCAGAUGCUAACAGAGCUUACGGUUCAGUAGCGCUUGGCGGUCCUUUCAAUUUAACAGAUUUUAAUGGUAAGCCGUUUACCGAAGAGAAUUUGAAGGGUAAGUUUUCCAUUCUAUACUUUGGAUUUAGUCAUUGUCCCGACAUUUGUCCAGAAGAGCUUGACAGAUUGACGUAUUGGAUUUCUGAAUUGGAUGACAAAGACCACAUAAAGAUACAGCCAUUGUUUAUCUCAUGUGACCCGGCAAGAGACACUCCAGAUGUCUUAAAAGAGUACUUAAGCGAUUUCCAUCCCGCUAUUAUUGGUUUAACCGGUACGUACGAUGAAGUGAAAAGCGUAUGCAAAAAAUACAAGGUAUAUUUUUCAACUCCACGCGAUGUCAAGCCCAACCAAGACUACUUAGUUGACCAUUCAAUAUUUUUCUAUUUAAUCGACCCUGAGGGACAGUUCAUCGAUGCCUUGGGAAGAAACUACGAUGAGCAAUCUGGUCUCGAAAAGAUUCGUGAACAAAUCCAGGCGUAUGUGCCAAAGGAAGAACGAGAACGGAGGUUGAAAAAAUGGUACUCUUUUAUCUUUAAUUGA